GGCGGCCGCGGCGCACCCUGCGCGGAGCCGGGAGCGCGAUGGUCCGCCGCCGCAGCGCGGCAAGAUGCUGGAUGGGUCCCUGCUGGCGCGCUGGCUGGCCGCGGCCUUCGGGCUGACGCUGCUGCUCGCUGCGCUGCGCCCUUCGGCCGCCUACUUCGGGCUGACUGGCAGCGAGCCCCUGACCAUCCUCCCACUGACCCUGGAGCCUGAGGCAGCUGCCCAGGCUCACUUUAAGGCCUGUGAUCGGCUGAAAUUAGAGCGCAAGCAAAGGCGCAUGUGCCGGCGGGACCCGGGCGUGGCGGAGACGCUGGUGGAGGCAGUGAGCAUGAGCGCGCUCGAGUGCCAGUACCAGUUCCGCUUUGAGCGCUGGAACUGCACCCUGGAGGGCCGCUACCGCGCCAGCCUGCUCAAGAGAGGCUUCAAGGAGACCGCCUUCCUCUAUGCUAUCUCCUCGGCCGGCCUGACACACGCCCUGGCCAAGGCGUGCAGCGCCGGGCGCAUGGAGCGCUGCACAUGUGACGAGGCACCGGACCUGGAGAACAGAGAGGCCUGGCAGUGGGGUGGCUGCGGGGACAACCUCAAGUACAGCAGCAAGUUCGUUAAGGAGUUCCUGGGCAGGCGGUCAAGCAAGGACCUGCGAGCCCGCGUGGACUUCCACAACAACCUCGUGGGUGUGAAGGUGAUCAAGGCCGGGGUGGAGACCACGUGCAAGUGCCAUGGUGUGUCAGGUUCCUGCACCGUACGGACUUGCUGGCGGCAGCUGGCACCCUUCCACGAGGUGGGCAAGCACCUAAAGCACAAGUAUGAGACGGCGCUCAAGGUGGGCAGCACCACCAACGAGGCCACGGGUGAGGCAGGUGCCAUCUCCCCACCACGGGGCCGGGCCUCAGGGGUGGGCAGUGCUGACCCGCUGCCCCGCACACCCGAGCUUGUGCACCUGGACGACUCACCCAGUUUCUGCCUGGCCGGCCGCUUCUCCCCAGGCACAGCUGGCCGCAGGUGCCACCGUGAGAAGAACUGUGAGAGUAUCUGCUGUGGCCGCGGCCACAACACGCAGAGCCGGGUGGUGACAAGGCCCUGCCAGUGCCAGGUACGCUGGUGCUGCUAUGUGGAGUGCCGGCAGUGCACACAGCGCGAAGAGGUCUACACCUGCAAGGGCUGAGCCCAGGCCCUCCAGCCCUGCAGUGUGCACACAGUGAGAGGAGGUCUACACCCACAGGGGCUGAGCCCAGGCCCUCCAGCCCUGCCGUGUGCACACAGUGAGAGGAGGUCUACACCCUCAGGGGCUGAGCCCAGGCCCUCCAGCCCUGCCGUGUGGGGUGUAGGCAAUGCACACAGUGAGAGGAGGUCUACACCUACAGGGGCUGAGCCCAGGCCCUCCAGCCCUGCCUGGGGUGUAGGAAAUGCACGGAGUGCAGGGUUCACACCUGCAAGGACUGAACCCCGGCUGUGGCAGGCAUUGUGCAGCAGGAGGCAGCUCCAGCUGCAAGGGCUGAGCCCAGGGCCCCAGGGUUGGUGUCUGGGUCAGCUGUGGAGGCCAGCUUCUGUCUGGCCUCCCCAACCCCUGUGCUCCUGCCCAAGGCCUGAGCUUUCUCCCAUGACCCGAGAGCGUUGCAGCAAUGCUUUCUCAGCUGUCUCCAUCCCUGACACCAGUCCCCCCAUCUGGGCCCCAGUCUGUUGGCUGCCCCUCCCCACCUCCGGGCUCCCUCUGAGGCUUGGAGGGCAGGUGCACCUUUGUGACCACAAGGCCGCCAUGGGGCACGGGCCUGGCCCGGCACCCAGCACCAGCACUGUCUUCAGAGAGCCAAACCACUAGGAGAGUGCACAGCCCUCCAUCUCCAGGGCCCUGCUGCCCAGGCGCCCGGGCGGGGAGGACUCUGCCUUCCCUCUCUGACAUCGAGCACUUCUCUUUGGAGUGAGUAUCAGUAACUUUAAGUUAUUAUAUAUUAUUAUUAUUAUUAUUAUUUAACUAAUAUAAUAAUUAUUAUUUUCUCCAUCCCCUUUGCCUCUUGGGCUGACUCUGUCUUGCCCUGAGCUGGGCAGGGAGGGCUCCUCUGUCCCUGUGCUCCAGUCUUCCUCCCGACCUGUUUGCCCUGUCGUUUGAAACCACUAAAUUGAGAUGAUAUUGUUAAAUGAAGCAAGUGGCCUGCAGAGCUUCUUGGAAGCCGGCCCCCCACCCCAUGCCAAGAGGACAGUGCCACUUGGUGGCUGUGCUCUGUACCUUAUGGGCAGAAAGUCAACACCAGGGUCUCUUGCAGAUUCUGGGCCUUGGGGUGGCAGAGGGGUGGGCUUGGUGAAAGAGGCAAGGCCAUCCUUUGAAAGUUCAUCCCAUGGAGAGACCACACUUGCUCGUGUGUCACAGGGGUGGGGGCAGGCAGGGACAGACGCACUUGGAGAGUCUCUGGCUGGCCUCUGACAGUGGCACACCCUUCUUUGGGGCCAUGCUGUUGUUUUAUCAGGGGGAGGGGUGACCGACACUGACCUAGUUUGGUUUGAGCAUGUGUGUGUGGGGUGUGUGUGUUGCGUGAGUGUAGGUCGUGUGUGCAUACUGUGCUGGUGUGGUCAGCGGUCACUUGGGUUGUCCCACCUCCUUGGUGUACCACAUAGUGGCCCUUUGGCUCACAGAGGUCUGGCCUGCAGUUUUUUUGGGUGGGUGGCCUCAUGUGGGAUGGGGUCUGGGAGGAGGCAGGUGUGGAACUACUGAGCAAGGAAUGGGCUCCUCAGAGCCCGGUGUCCAGGAAGCAAAGGGGAAACUGUUUUUGAAAGGAAGCCUGUUUAUGUGGCUGCAGGUCUCUGGUCCUUCUGAAUGGUGUCAGUACCAUUUAUUCUCCUGGGUUCAGAUGGCAGCCCUUGGUCAAGGCCCCGUCCCAGCAAGUGAGUGUGGGUGGGCUGUGUGAGGGCUGCAUCCAGGUGACCAGAGGGGCAGAGUAGCUGGCGGGCCCGGGGGGCCUGUCCUCCCAGGUGUCCACACCUGCCAGUGUCCCAAGCAGCAGGCCUGGCCACUCUGCCCCUGAGACUGGAGCUCAGUCGUGUGAUUCGUGGAAAGACACCCAAGGGCCAGGGUCUUCUUACCCAAUACCAGUUGAGCUCUGUCCUCAACAUUCAGAACAGGCUCUUCACCCGAGGCGGCCUGCAGAGGUCUGUUGGUGGUUUUGUUUCUCUCUAAAGACACACAGAGCGUCCUGCUCAGUGAGGAGGCCACCGUGCCGGCUGCGGCCUCUGACCUUGUGGGACAGCGUGGAAGGAGCUGUUCUGUGGGGCGCGGAGCCAGUGGUCUCCCUCUGCCCCAUCCACCUGCUCCCACCAGCCCAGCGGGGGCCUGACCUGAGCCUGCCUCUGGCCGGGUGGGUGGCCCAGGAGGGAGGGGCGUCCCUGUGCUGAGGCUCCCGUGAGCCUGUUGAUUUCUCUACCUCAUCUGUAGCCCGUGGGUGUGAACCCGAGUGACUGUGGAGAAUGUAUUUAUUUAACAGCUUUGUAUAACAGAACCAGAAACAAAUGGAGUACUAAAUAAAUGUAUUUUAAGUUA